ACACACACUCUCUGAGGGGGUUCAUACACAGAUUAUUUACUGAAUAUAUACAGCUUAUUAUUUACAAUGAUGUGUUUUCACAUUCUUAAAUGGCCUGUGGUCCCAAUUUGUGUAAUUGGCAUUCAUCCAGGAGACCAAAGGCGAGCUGUCGCGUCAUCCCGACCAACCAAUCAGCGUCCGGAGCGCGGUGACGAGGGGCGGCGCUCGCGCGGAGAAGGCAGCGCAAUUAAACAGAGGGGAGCGCAAUUUAAAUCCAAAACAUCUUUGGACGCGCGCUGAGUGGGCAGGAAACACACACUUCACACACUUGACACACACACUCUGUCUCAGCGGGUGACAGGAGGAGAAGUGUCCGGAGCUGUGAUAUCGCUGUCCGGUCAAGUUGAAGUGGAGCCGCGCUGGUGCGCACGGAGCCGCGGACCGACUCACCGGAGCUCUGCGCCGUUUCCGGGACAUUUUUUGGGGGAAACUAAAAAAGGAGAAAGAAGACGUGUGUUAACAUUUUGUCUUCCUGACUUUCUUCCCUCCGCAGCACUGAUGGAAUGGUUUGGUUUAAUCGGAUUAUCGCUCCUCUAAACUCCGGUUUCCUCAGAGAGGCGGUGACACCGGCGGCUCCACCGGGGGUCAGCCGUCCCUCCGCAGCCGCUCACAGCGCUUCUUCUCCGGUCUCCUCCGAGCUCCAGCGGUCGUUCAUAUGAGUGCAGCGUUCAGUCCGUCCUUCAUGGUGAUGCAGCGGCCACUCGGAAGCACCACCGCCUUCAGCAUCGACUCUCUGAUCGGGGGGCCCCCGCAGCCCAGUCCGGGACACUUCGUCUACACCGGCUACCCGAUGUUCAUGCCGUACCGGUCGGUGGUGCUCCAGCCGCCGCCGCCGCCUCCCCCGGCCCUGCAGCAGGCUCUCCCCGCCGGCCACCACCCACACCCGCAGAUCCCCAGCCUGCAGAGCGGCUUCUGCUCCAGCCUGGCGCAGGGCCUGACGCAGGGCAUGGCGCUCACCUCCACGCUCAUGGCGUCGCUGCCCGGAGGUUUCUCCCCGUCCCAGCAGCACCAGGAAGCGGCCAGGAAGUUCGGCUCGCAGGCGCUGCACGCGGUCUUCGACAAAUCUCAGGAUCUGCGGCUGGAGGCGGAGGACGGGAAGAGUUUCCUGCAGGGGAAGGAGUCCGCGGGGCUGCAGGCUUUCCACGACACGGACUCCUCGGUGCCAACAUCCACAGUCAGAGGACACAGUAAAGAAGACUCCAAGGAGGAAGAGUGCGGCCGGAAGGAUGAAAGCUUCUCCAUGGACAGUGACUUGGACUACAGCUCGGACGACAACCUGACCUCCAUGUGUCACAAGGAGGACGGGGACGGCGGCGGAGGAGGUCUGGACGACGGGCCGCAUCUUCACGGCUCCGGCGGCGGAGGCUCCGGAGGAGGCGGCGGUGCGGGAGGAGGAGGCGGCGGCGGGAAGAACCGGCGGCGGCGGACGGCGUUCACCAGCGAGCAGCUGCUGGAGCUGGAGAAGGAGUUCCACUGCAAGAAGUACCUGUCGUUAACCGAGCGCUCCCAGAUCGCGCAUGCGCUGAAGCUGAGCGAGGUGCAGGUGAAGAUCUGGUUCCAGAACCGGCGCGCCAAGUGGAAACGGGUCAAAGCCGGAAACGUCAACAACAAGUCCGGGGAGCCGUCCCGGAACCCCAAAAUAGUGGUCCCCAUCCCGGUGCACGUGAGCCGCUUCGCAAUAAGGAGUCAGCACCAGCAGAUGGAGCAGACCAGACCGUAGAAGAAGAACUCGGAGCCGCUUAGCAGAGACUCAAUCCCGGGUUGAUGUUUCCUCUUUUUUCACUCUUCAAACAUUCAAGAUGAAAUAAAUGACGGUUGACUUCCUGCAGUGCUCUUAAACACAAACUGAUGACGACUUUCAUUCUGUGGUUUUUAUUCUGAUUUUAUUUCUACACUUUUGCUUUGACAUAAAUCAGAUUUGAAAGGAUAAAUAAAUUUGGGGCUGAAUGAUUUCUGUUAAUCAUCAGACAGAAGAUUAAAUAAAGUGAAUAAAAUGUUAAAAAUCAUCCAGAAAACAAAACACGAGCUUUAAAUUUAGAGAAUAAUUUAAAGACAAAUGAUUAUUUCUCACUGAUGAUAAUAUUGAUCGUCAUGUUUCUCUAAUUCAAUCAGAUCUAAAAAAAAUCUGUUUUAAUGAUGAAAACUGCUGAAUUCCAUCAGUUUAGUUGACAGAUAUUUUAUUAGGAAUAAAGUGAGUUUACGUCACUGAUCUAAAGACAAACCUCCUUAAAAUAAAUUCAUUCAUGUUUCAGUCUAAUUGUGUCAUUUUGGAGAAAAUGUGUCGGUGAGUUUGAAACGAAGCUAAAUUGUUUUGUCAGAUCAUCUUCAUCAUUUACAGGAAAUAAAAAACACAAAGUUGAAGCGUCGACACGACACUGAGUGACUGGUUAAACUGGUUAAACUGGACGUUUCUCUGCAGGAGGAUCCGCAGCGUUUCAAUCUCAUUUCUGUUGGCGAGACACCAAAAAAAAAAAAACUGCGCGCAAAGACGCGGAGCGGUGACGCGAAGAGGAGGAGGAGGAGGAGGAUGAUGAUGAAGAGACACUGAGCAACUCCUCCCCCCCCCCAACAUGUAAAUACACACACGGGACCAAACUGAGGACAUCAAGUGUAGAUUUGACCACAAACAGACGGCGCGUUAUUUUAACAUUGUUCCUGCUGUCUGAACUUUAACCUUUAUCUCUCUGAACUGUUACUGCUUCACUUUUAUUUCACUUUCAUUUGAUUUGAUUUUUUUUUUUUGGACAAAAUGACGCUGCUAAUUUAUUUAUAUAAAAUUGUGCAAAAGUAACUAACAUUUCCUGACGUAUGGAGUUAAAAAAAAGAAAGAAAAGAUAUACAAGUGUGAAUUAAAAGCUGAAACGUGACCAGAUGUUCACAGCU